AUGUGGCGGUCUGUCUGUUUUUCUGCCCGGCGGUUUCUCUUAACAACUGAUAUGUUCUGCAAGACUGUGCCUUGCCGCUUCCGCAUGUUCUACCAGCGGUGCUUUCGUCCGAAGAAUGAAGCAUGUUCUCUCUGAUGUCCUUUUUCCCACCAGCGCCACCCGGAGACCCUGGUACUGAUCAAGUCCGGUAACAUGGCGUUCAGCUCGCUCUGGGCGCCGACUCACGUGGGGAACUACCUCAUGGCUGACGACUGGAUGGCCCAGGAUCUGGACAGGCUGCAGAGGGAGGUGUUCUCCCCCACCCGUGCCGUGUUCCUGGACGUGUGGGGCAUGACGGCGUGUCACCGUGCACAGCACGAUAUCCAUCCGCCUGGAGUCAUAGUCGCUGCAGAGGUUCGGCUGAUGCUGGCCUAUAUAUGCCCCACGUAAUUAUAGCUGGGUGUGAAGAAGAUCAAACCGGCACUGACCUCUUCGCUCUGCACAAGAACCAACUAGUCACUGUGGCCACUUUUGGUGGCCCUUAUGAUUAUUAAUCCUUUGACUCAUCCUUUCCAUUGUGGUCACUUGCCUAAUGUAACCAUUUCUAAGUCCCUUGAGUACUAAGAAUGGAGUUGCGUGAAAAUCCCAUGACAGUUCCUCCCGCACUGUUUUACCAUUAAAAUGUUUGUCUUUGGGAUGCUUUCAAAUCUCUAUUUACUAUCCAUUGGUCGCUAGAAAGAAGUAUUGGAGGAGG